AUGGAUUAAAAAAAAGUGAGUAAAAUAAUAGAACUGAUUUUUCUAUCUAUUGCAGUAAGAAUAAAAAUCUAAUAAAUAAAAGUGGUUAUCAGUGUUGGCUUGUUUAAUUAGAACUGAUUUUAAUUUUCCAUUUGCUUUCUUUUGUUAUUAUUUAUGGAUAUCAAGAGAUGAUAAAGCUAAUUCUUUAAUGGUAAUAAAUAAUCAUAUGUAUAUUAUAGUUAAUGGUAUUGAAUGGAAUACUAAUUUUAGUAGAUUUAAUUUGGUUAUUAUCAGUUGGAUCUAUAUGGACAGCAACUGAAAAAAAUAAUCCUGUUUGGGGACAUUUACAUGGUUUACAUGUAUUUGUUAUCUUUAUUAGCAUUGUUAAUGUCUUAUUAAAAGUGUUUUAUAUAUUUUAUUUAUAGGUUGGUGCUAUUGUAGCCAUUAAUUCUUAUAGAGGAAAUCAAUCUUAAGUUGGUUAUAUUAAAUAUAUAUUUUUAGCUGCUUAAUUAUAGAAUCCAUAAUAAAGUGGCCUUAAUGAUAUUUCUUAAAACAAAUAAGUACCUUAUGGUUAAUAUUGAUCAAAUAAAAC